CGAAGUUGCCUCAACCCCUCACAGCUUCCUUCAAUCUCGACUUCAACCUUCCGACCAGUUACCUCUAUUCAAGUAUCAUACGCGCACAAACUCACACAAUACCAUGGGUUCCGUUGUUCUUCCUCAUCUCUCGACCGGUUGGCAUGUCGACCAGGCCAUCAUGUCGGAAGAGGACCGUCUGGUGGUGAUUCGGUUUGGACGCGAUUGGGACCCCGAUUGCAUGCGUCAAGAUGAGGUUCUGUACCGCAUCGCCGACAAAGUGAAGAACUUCGCUGUCGUCUACCUCUGCGAUAUCGACCAGGUGCCGGACUUCAACAAGAUGUACGAGCUGUACGAUCCGGUGACAGUCAUGUUCUUCUUUCGCAACAAACACAUGAUGUGCGAUUUCGGCACUGGAAACAACAACAAGAUGAACUGGGUCCUGGAGGAUAAGCAGGAGUUGAUCGAUAUUGUCGAGACUAUCUACAAAGGCGCAAAGAAGGGACGCGGGUUGGUGAUCUCGCCAAAGGAUUACAGCACCAGAUACCGCUAUUAGGCUACUGUUGGAUUUGGAAAAUCUGAUGUUCGUUUCUUUGAUUGUUUUUCAAAUGCGCUUUGGAGUUUGUUAGGUUCUGUUUGAAUGAAUUUACGUUACUGUACCCAUUUGAUGUG